AUGCCUUUUAAUCAGACAUGUUCAUCUACAUUACUUUGGCGUAUUGAAACAUUACCUCCAUCAUAUAUUUUUGGUACUAUUCAUAUUCCUUACAAUCUUGUUUGGCCAUAUGUACCGAAAGAAGUUCGAAAAGCAUUUAUGUCAAGUACACAUUAUUAUGCAGAAAUCGAUGCAAAAAGUUAUGUUUUUUGGGAUGAUUUUCUUCUAUGCAUAGUAAAUCAAUCAAAACGAAUAGAACGAUCAACUGAUUCUGUUAGUCAAGAUGAAAUACUUGAUGUAUAUUUAUCAGUAGAAGCUCGUCGUUUAAAUAAAACUGUAGGUAGUUUAGAAUCAGCUGAAUAUCAUUGUAAGAAAGAAGGUUGGCGUCAUAAUUUAACAACAUGGAUAAUAAUUUUGGACUAUAUUAAAAAUACAAUGAUAAAUGGAACAUUUAGUAUUGAUGAUAUAAAACAUCAGAUAAAUGAAUCGACAAUCAAAGAUUAUAUUUGCAAUGAAAUUGAUAGUAAAUAUAUAAAAACUUUACUUGAAACAAAUGACGAAAUGCAGCAUAUGGAACAACGUGAUGAACAAAUAUCAAGACAUAUUCAUAGAUUAUUAAAUAAUUCGAAUAAUAAUCGAUAUUUUUUUGCUGUUGGUGCUGCACACAUGUUAGGUAAACGUCAAAAUUUGAUAGUUCGAUUAAAAAAAUUUGGAUAUAAAAUUACUCGAAUUUGUACAUAUCAAAAACGUAUUAUGAAAGAAUUUGGUUCAAAAAUAUUAAUUAAUUAUUUAAAAACAAAACUUUAA